AUGGCGGAGCAAUGGGAACUGGACGAGGAGGGCAUUCGCCGCCUGGGGGCGCUGACUCUGGAGCAGCCCGAAUUGGUGGAGUCUCUUUCAUUGCAGGGAUCUUAUGCUGGAAAAAUCCAUUCCAUUGGUGAUGCCUUCAGAAAUUUUAAAAACCUCCGAUCCUUAGAUUUAUCAAGAAAUUUGAUCACUAGCCUGAAGGGCAUCCAGUAUUUAUGUUCACUCCAAGACCUGAAUUUAUAUUAUAACAACAUUCCUUCAUUAGUGGAGGUGUCCCGCCUGCAGCCUUUACCCUUCCUCAAAGAACUAGAUUUGAGACUCAAUCCUGUUGUCAGGAAAGAUACAGAUUAUAGGCUUUUUGCUGUGUACACGCUACAAACUCUGGAGAAACUGGAUGACCGAGCCGUACGAGAAAGUGAGAGAAAAGCUGCCAAGCUGCAUUUUAGUCAGUUGGGCAACAGUGAAAAUUUUCUUUUAGAGGUGGAAAAAAGCUCCAGGGAGAAGACAAUGAAAAACUGUGUGACAGACGAAAUCUGUGCAUCAAAAGUCAGUACAGGUGUUGAUAACAGGAUUGAAACUGACUCAAACAAAGGACUAUUUAUUCCCUUUCCCAACCGGGAAAUAAAGGAUUCCCUAAUGAGCACUUCUGCAACCCAAUGCAACGGUAUACCAGAUCAGAAAUUAGACCCUUUUUCUCUGGAGACGCAGAUGCAGGAAGUGGCAAGAAGGGAGGUGCCAAGUGAUAAUCACCAAGAAGAUGAAUUCAGACACUACUCGCCUCGCCAGCCCACAGUCCGAUCCCCAGAGAAGAUGGCUAGAGAAGGGUACCGAAUAUCAUCUUUUGUGGACAAUAAGUCUUCUGGUUCUUCUCCAGAAAAGGACAUGAUACCGAAAUCUGAUACGUAUCAGCUUACCCAUGAUGCCUUACUGGGUAAACGCCUAGAUGUGGGUGAUUCUAGCCAGAUUCAUCCCUAUCAGUUAUCAUCAGAUGUUGGUCUGGAAAAUUAUUCUCAAACUCUAUCCCUUCAUGGAAGUCUUGGUAAAAGGCCUCAGAGAAGCAAGAACUACCGCGAAUAUAGCAUAAAGCCUUCAAAUGACGUGAAGGCUACCACAUCCCAUUCCUGUGGAGAUUUACUGACCUCUCUGUCCAACCCUGACUCCAGCACUGGAAGGCUUUUGAAACUUAGUUCAGAUCUGUAUGCCACAACCCAUUUCAACAGUGACCCUGCUAUGCUGGUCAAUGUAGAGCAACAAUUACCCACCGGCCUCAGGGAUUUAACACCAGCACAUGGUUCUUUCCCAAACAACUCUGUCCUGGGAGACUCUCUACGCACACUGCUGUUGCCUACUGCGACUUCAGAAAACAGAGAGAGUUUGACCAAGAGGUCAUUAAGCCCAUCGAGGAGAGGAUUCAAACGAAAAGACAAUAUCCUUGCCACACUGAAUCCAAAGCACGGUUUCAGAGAUGCUACCUGCAGCGAGCCUCUCUCUAGUGACCUGGGCAGUUUGCAUGGUUUGCCAGGAAACCACAGUCCCCAGAUCUCUGCCAGAACCUCCCAUGUGGCCACUGUCCUCAGACAGCUUUUGGAGCUCGUGGAUAAGCACUGGACUGGCCCUGGCUCCCUCCUCCUUAAUAAGAAGUUUCUCGGUCCUGCCCGAGAUUUGCUUCUGACUUUGGUAGUCCCUGCUCCUUCUCAGCAGUGGUGUCGCUCACAUCCUGAAGAUGCAACAAAAGCCUUGCGCAGGAGGGAGAUGGAACUGAAGGAGGCGGGGCAGGUGGUCCCUAAUGACAUGGAAAGUUUGAAGCAAAAACUGGUCAGAGUGCUGGAGGAAAACCUCAUUUUAUCAGAAAAAAUUCAGCAGUUGGAGGAAGGUGCUGCCACCUCAAUUGUGAGUGGGCACCAACCCCACACAUAUGAUGAUCUUCUGCGCAAAAACCAACAGCUGAACAUGCAGGUGGUUUGCCUGAACCAGGAGCUUGCCCAGCUGAAAAAGCUGGAAGAGACAGUGGCCCUUCUCCAUGAAAGUCAGAGAUCCCUGGUGGUAACGAAUGAGUAUCUGCUGCAACAGCUGAAUAAAGAGCAAAAAGGUUAUUCUGGGAAAGCACUCCUGCCUCCUGAGAAGAGCCAUCAUUUGGGGAGAUCACCACCCUUUGGGAAAAGCACGCUGUCAUCCUCCUCACCAGUGGCACAUGACACGGGUCAGUAUCUAAUACAGAGUGUCUCAGACUCUGUCCCAGAGCCUAGUUUAUGGAGCUAGCACUGAACACUUUCUCCGCAGCUUCCCUCCCAGCCACAGGGGGCUCUCAGUGUCAUUGCCACCAGUAUGGUGGUAUUUACCCGAAAUAUGAAGAAAAAAAUCUAUUCUGAUUAUUGUAUUGGUCCUUCUCUUUAUUUCUCUUCUUGUCCCCUCCCAUCAAGUCAUUCUUUCCUUCUGCCCACAGAAAUAGUGGGCACUU